AUGCUCGCCACGCUGACUUUCCCGGACUCGCGCCACGGCAGCAGCGCCCUCGCGGGCCCCGCGCCGGCGACCGCGGGCCACCGCUGCAUCGCGCUGCACGGCGCGCGCGGCAACCACGUGCUUCUGCCGGCGCCACAGCUUACGUACGCACUGCAGCCGCAGCUUUCCGCGGAAGCAGUGCUCAAGCGGGAGCUGGACCGGUGCGCGUUCGGCAGCGCCGCGGGCGCCGCGGCCGCGGCUAGAGCCGCCGCUCCGGCCGGUGCUACGGCCGGUGCUACGGCCGACGUGCCGGCCGACGCCGGCUCUUACGCGGCGCACCCGGCGCGGCUGCUGCCGCCGCCCUCGCCGCCCGCGUCGGCCCCAGAGCAGACCGCAGGCGAUCACAACGGCACAGGCGCCUUCGGGGCGCUGCAGCGGCACUCAGUCGCGCGCGCAGCGCGCAAGGCCCGCGCGCACUCAGUGUCGGCCGCAGGCAGUCCCGGCAGCGCCGGAGGCGCGGCCGUCUCUGUGCCCAUAGAACAACGGCGCAGGUAUCUGUGCAAGACCUGCAGCAAGGGCUUCACCACCAGCGGCCAUCUCGCGCGCCACAACCGGAUCCACACGGGCGAAAAGAAUCACGUGUGCCCAUAUGAAGGCUGCGGGCAGCGGUUCAGUCGGCACGAUAACUGCGUUCAGCACUUCAAGACGCACUUACGGCGGUAG